AUGAGUCACUUCAAGGAGCGUUUUGUGACUUUGCUCCAUGAGAAGAACUUUGUCACCGACCAGUUGGCAACGCUGGAGCAAAAAACUGGAACGAAGAGAGAAUAUAUCGUCUUGGGUGCCCUGGGUUUCGUAGGUGUCUAUCUCCUCUUUGGGUACGGCGCCUCGUUGCUCUGCAACCUCAUCGGAUUUGUCUAUCCGGCCUAUUUCUCUAUCAAAGCCAUCGAGAGCAGGGUGAAGGAGGACGACACGCAGUGGCUCACUUACUGGGUGGUGUAUGGACUUUUCAGCAUAGUCGAGGCUUUCUCGGACAUCUUCCUCUUUUGGUUCCCCUUUUACUACGCCGGGAAGUGCGUCUUCCUCAUCUGGUGCAUGGCUCCCGUGACGUGGAAUGGCUCAGAAAUCCUGUACAAGCGCAUCAUCCGACCCUUCUUCCUGAAACACCAGGCCGCUAUGGACAGCAUGGUCAGCGACCUGAGCGCCACGGCCAUGAGCAUGUCAGAAAGCGUCAAGCAGGAGGCUGUUAAUCGGGCUCUCAACCAUGACAAGGACCAAUGA